AUGUCCUCAAAUAUUCAAGUUCAAGAAAAUAUUGAAAAAGAUACUUCAUUUGAUUACCCAUCACCAACUUUACCAUCAGUUUCAAAAACCCAAACAAAAGAAUCAUCAAUUGAAGUUAAAGUACCUCAACAACAUAAUUUUACCAAAGUUGGAAUUUUUAAACCUGCUAAAUUUAGUAGACAUAUCUUUACACAAUUAGAAAAUUUACAAAUUUCAAAAACUCAAUUUUUUAAAGAUUUAAAAAAUCAAUUAGAAUUAGAAAACCAAACUGGAUUAGAAGAUCAAUGCAAAGAUAAUAUUGACUUAUCUUAUAAUUUACAAUUCAAAUAUUUUACUGAAUUUAUCCAUGUUUUUCAUCCAAGUAGUGAUCCAAUUGCUAUUACUAAAGCUUUAGACACAAAUGCUUCAUUACAAUUAGAAUAUUUCAAUAAUUUUAAUCAUGUUUUCACUGAUAACACUAUUUACAACAAUAGAGAACAAUUACAAUAUCAAUAUUUUGCUGACUUUGUUCAUGUUUUAGAUCAUUUAAUUAACCCAGCUACAGCUACUUCAUCAGCAUCAUCAGCAUCAUCAGCAUCAACAUCAUCAAAUUUAAACAAUGCCCACAAAAUGGAAAAAGUCAUUCAAUUCAUUCACAACCCAAAAAAACCUGAUCAAAAGAGAUUAGGUAAAUUAGAAAAAUUUAAAAACCUCAUUACAUAUGGUGCAACCAAAGGUAAAGAAACGGAAAAUGUUUCAAAACACGUUGAAAAAUCAAUCUCACAAUUAUUUAGAAGAAAGUCAAGAAAAACUACCACCCCACCUCCAAAAUCUUGUUUAAAAAUAAAAAAUAAUCAAAAUUUUGACAUUGAGUACGCCAAAUGUUUACAAUCUGACUUAAUACCAGUUGAAGACUUACUUGAAGAAUAUAGAAAAAAAAUCAUUAAAAUACAAGCAAACAAAAAGAAGUAUGAAGAAGAGUUAUUUGAAAAACAAUUGGAACAAGUAAGACAACAUUAUUAUACAAUCGCAGGUGUUCCAAUACCACAACCAGAAGCUCAAAAUCCUGUACUUAGCAAUCAAGAAACUGAAGUUACACAAGUUCAUGAAAAAACUAUUAGUUCAAAUAACUUAUCUGAUGUUCGAUCAAGUUUACAAAUACCUGGUGACUCAAGAAAUUGUACCAUUGAGAGCAGAUUCAAUUCCGAAAUUUCACAAAAUUUAGAAAACUUAAUUUCUUUAGAAGACGAAUUUUUUAAGACUUUUGAUGAUUCAGCAAUUGAUGAAAAUAAAAUACCAUUAGAACCUAAAAUUGCAAACAAUACAAGUAUCACUGACGAUAACUCAAGCUCAAGUAAUGAAUAUGUCAACGAAGAUAUCAAAAUACCAGCUGAAUUACAAGAUUAUUUGUCGUCAAAUAUCAAUACAAGUUUUAUAACUAAAAUUAAACGUGCUGUCAUGAAUAGUGCAAAUAAAUUAAGAGGAAGUAAAAAUGCAAUACCACAACCAAUUAAUUCCGGUAUUAAAUCAUCAUGUGAAAACAACACAAGCUCAACUAAUGAAGAUGUUAAUGAAAAUAGCAAAAUACCUGCUGAAUUACAAGAAUAUUAUUUGUCAAAUAUCAAUACAAUUUUUAAAAAUAAAGCUAAAUGUGCUGUCAAGAAUAGUGCAAAUAAAUCUAGAGGGGUUAAAGAUGCAAAACAACCACCAAUAAAAUCGGGUAUUAAAUUAUCAUCUGAAAAUAACUCAAGCUCAACUAAUGAAGAUGUUAAUGAAAAUAGCAAAAUACCUGCUGAAUUACAAGAAUAUUAUUUGUCAAAUAUCAAUACAAUUUUUAAAAAUGAAGCUAAAUGUGCUGUCAAAGAUAGUGCAAAUAAAUCUAGACAGGGUAAAGAUGCAAAACAACCACCAAUAAAUUCGGGUAUUAAAUCAUCAUAUAAUAAAGUAGAUUUGCAAUUUGAAUAUUUCAAUGAUUUUGUUCAUCUUUUAGAUCAAAUUACUCAUUCAGCUACAGCUACUUCAUCAUCAGCAUCAGCAUCAUCAUCAUCAUCAUCAAAUUUGAACAAUGCUCCUCACAAAACAGAUAAAGUUAUUCAGUUUAUUCACAACCCAAUAAAACCUAAUCAAAAAAAUUUAGGUAAAUUAGAAAAAUUUAAAAACUUUUUGAAAUAUGGUUCAACUAAAGGUAAAGAAACAGAAAAUAUUCCAAAACAUAUUGAAAAAUACGUUUUAAAUAAAAUAAAAAUUGCAAAAACAACCAAUAAUAAUAUUGAUAUUUCAUCAAUUGCAGAAACAUUAAAACAAGAACAAUUAACUCAAGAAGAGCUAGAUUACUGCUUAUAUAAGAUAUAUUCAAGUGGUUGUAAAAAAUCAAAAUAUUUAAAAUUUAAAAAAAAAAAUAAAUAUAAAAAAGAACCUACAAUUAAAGGAUGUUUAAAAAACCGAAACAAUAGACAUCACAGUUUAGAAAAGAAAAGCUGUGAAGAAGCAGAUUCACAAACAAUACUAAAGUUCUUGACAGAAGUACUUAAUCGGGAAUAUAGAAAAUCAGAUCCAACUAACAAAAAAAACAUUGAAGAUACUCAAUUACAGCAAAUUCAAAAUUAUUAUGGUAAUGAUGUUGAAGUAUAUUUAGAACAAGAAAGAAUAAAUAAUAAAAAUAGAAGAAUUUUCAGAACUAAAUUAAAAAAAAAUUUAUCAAAAUAA